AUGCAUAUUUCGCUUGCAAUUUUAUUGUUCAGUCUACUGCUAUUUGCCUCAUCAAGUAGUCAACAAGAAGAGGAUAAUGAGUUGAAUGUACGUCGCAUUAUGAAGGAUAUGGCGAUUAUACCGGAUAUUCUGAAGGAACCGCCCAAGCAGUUGCUAAAGAUGAUGUUUGAAAAUUCUCUAGACAUAGCCGAGGGUAAGGCCUAUACGCCCACUGAAUUAAAAUUCCAACCCAAACUAGAAUGGGAUGCUGAUGCGGAAACUUUCUAUACCAUUAUCAUGGUCAGUCCCGAUGCUCCAUCUCGUGAGAAUCCCAUGUACCGUUCCUGGCUACAUUGGCUAGUCGUGAAUGUGCCCGGCAAGGAUGUUAUGAGAGGACAAACCAUAUCCGAAUAUUAUGGGCCUUUGCCGCCCAAAGAGAGUGGCCUUUUGCGUUAUGUCUGUUUGGUCUAUCAGCAAUCGGAUAAAUUGGAUUUCGAGGAGAAGAGAAUUGAAUUGAAUAAUGCCGAAGGCCAUAGCAAUUUUGAUGUGGAGAAAUUCAUAGAUAAAUAUGAUAUGGAGCAGGUGCCAGUGGCUGGAAAUAUCUUUGAGGCCAAAUGGGAUGAAUUUGUUCCCGAAUUGAUGAAAACUCUCUACAAUGUGAGUGAGUAAGAUCAAAGCGGAAUUUUCAAACAUAAAAAAUAUAUAUUUUAAAACCUAUUAUUGCACUUUAAUCUUAUUUUAAAAAUAUGUAUUUGCAAUAAAAAUUAGUUAGAUGACUGCAUUCCA